GGUAGCUUUUUGGUUUUAAAGAAAAUGUAUACUAAAAUCGGUACUCAUAUGAAAUCGUUAAUAUCGUUAUUAACGUCUUAGAUAACGCAAAACAGUAGAUUUGAUAAGCAAGUCAUGUUUGUUGCCUAUAGUAAUGCAUGUGUUUAUAAUGUUUAAUCAUUCAACUUUUUAAAAAAUUACAAAAUUAAAUGGAAAACUGUCCAUUGGAUAAAGCAAAAUUAGGAUUUCAUACUUGGAGUUUGCUUCACACAAUUGCUGCAUAUUAUCCAGAUGAACCUACUCCCCAACAACGGAAAGAUAUAAAUGAUUUUUUUACACUUAUCGGCCGUCUUUAUCCUUGUGAAACAUGCGCACGAGAUUUCACCAAGCUUUUAGCCAGUCGACCACCAGAAAACGAUUCUCAAAAAUCAUUAUCCGAAUGGCUAUGUCGGAUACAUAAUCACAUUAAUCAAAAACUUGUGGCGAAAAAUUAUGAGCAGAAGUAUUGGCAGGUAAGUUUGAAAAUUUGAUCUAUAUAUUUCCAUUUUUGGUAAAAAUGUUGAUUUGGAUAGAAUACACAAAACACCAUCGUAUCAUAAUGCCAAUAAAAAAGAAUCCCAGGUGUAUAAUUAAAAAAUAGAUCAAACGAACAUGAUGAGACGGAUGGAAUUACGAAAGCCGUAACUAAAAAUGUUUUAUUACUUCGCUCAAACAUUUAAAACAAUGAACUACAUAACUAUGUCUAUUGGAAGUGUUUAUUUUCAUGACAACGUGCUCUAUACAAGAAAACAUUCAAUUAAAAUAAUAAACACAAUCAAUAUUAUAACUACACAUUUGGCAUACAAAUACUACGAAUUGAAAAUGUACAGCUGACUAUUGCACAACGUAUAGAUUGACAGCAGGAAUAAUCAAGAAAAAUAAUUCACAGACCACUCAAAAAUGUUUUUCAAUGUUUUAAAAUGUAAUUGAUUUUAUUUAAAAAAUAAUAAUAAUAAUAACUAAGUAACAAUAAAAAUGAAAAUACCUAUUA